AUGACAACCACUGAGACCGAAUCACUCAACACGACCGACAUGCUGGAAGACGGAGCUCCAAACAAGGAGUAUCACCUCGAAAAGCUGCAGGAAAUCGAGACCGAGUAUACCCGCAUCAAACAAGAAGUACUGGAUAAGAAGAUUGCAGCCGUGAGCGCCGCACUGGACCGACUACAGGAAAACAAACAUGAAGAGGUGCAUGCGCGACUUUUACAGCUUGAAGAUGAAAUCGAAAAACGCAUGAAAGAUGCUGCUCGAAAGCGUGACAAGCAGCUCGAUUCGGCCAAGGCCUGGCUAGACGCAGAACGCAUUGCUUCCAUCAACUCAUACAAGGAACAAUUUCGCUACGCGAUUCGUAACCGUUUCGAUGCCCUCUCUUGUCUGCGCUACAAUCUGAAAUUGGCCAAGCGCGAUAUGGACGCUGAUCCACCUCCAUUCGAAGCUCGUGUGUUCAAGGUCAAGAGUCGGAUUCCCAUCUGGAAUGGAGAUGCAAACCGAGCCUUUGUGCCCUUUGAGCCGGGUACGCAACCGGCCUCGCUUCAGGCCGAGCUGCAUGCGGUCAAGCUCAAGGAGUUGGAAGAGGAACAGAAUAGUGAGGCCAUUCCCUUGGCAGUGGAGAGCAAGGAUGAAGUCAUCUCUACCACCCUGUCCAACGGCCAACCUGCCCGCAAAGCGCGCAAGACCAUUUCCUGGACCGGCCCCUGCAUCAUCUAUCAGCUCCAGGAACACGAGCUGGAGGAUGACCUCCGCCGGAUGGACGUGCGCAUCAAGAAGAAACCGGGCCCCAAGCGCAAGUCCUCCACCACACCAGCUUCUGCCAAAUAG